AUGAACAAUUCAGAUAUCCCCAUGCAGAACUUCAGAAGAUGUUCUAACUUGCAAACUCGCAUUCUCAAGUUUGUGAAGAAUUUGGAAUCAUCCUAUAAUAUCGCUCUAUUAAUUAUUGUCGGAGUGAAUAUCUUGACAAUAGUACUCACGGGAAUGACAGCUAUCAUUAAAAGAUCUCAACCAAGCGAGAUGAUUAGGAUGGCAUUUAUCAGCGCAGGCGGCUUCUGUCAUCUAUUUUGGAUUAGCUGGUUGGGACAUGCACUGGAAGUACAGAGCGAAAAAAUCUUCAUAUCAGCUUAUCAAAAUCGAUGGUAUUGCCUGCCGCACCAAUUGCAACUGAUGCUGCUACCAAUCAUGAUGAGAAGCUUAAUACCGUGUCAUUUGACGGCGGGCAAAUUUUACAUAAUGUCCAUGGAAAGUUUUGGAAAAACCUUGAAAAUGAUUAUGUCUUCGUUCACAGUUUUGAACUCUAUGCGAUGAACCUCUAAUUGGUUUUAGAACGAAUUACUUCGGAACGAAAUGAUGACAGAGUUCUUAGCGGAAUUUAUUUCCGUAGUGAAAAGGUCCGUUGGAGACCUUUCUUCCAACAAUUUGUAUGAAGUGGUGAAAUUGAUCAUGCCAUGAAAGA